CACAGACACACACACACGCACCCACGCCCGUCCUGGAGCUCCCUCUCACACACACACACGCGGGGCAGUCACAGUGUGGACAGCUCAGGAGACGGUCGACCCUCAGACAACUGUUACCCCCUCCACUGAAGUCCCGAAUCACAACCAUGGGGAAAGGAUGCAUCACAGUCACCAAGUAUUUUCUGUUCCUCUUCAACCUCCUCUUCUUUAUAUUCGGAGCCCUGAUCAUGGGCUUUGGACUCUGGGUUCUCUUUGAUAAUCAGAGCUUCAUUUCGGUUCUGCAGGAAUCGUCACACACGGUGAAAGUGGCUUCGUACAUCCUGAUCGGAGUGGGUUCACUGUCGAUGGCCAUGGGCUUCUUCGGUUGCAUCGGAGCCAUCUACGAAAUCCGUUGCCUGCUGGGUCUGUACUUCACCUGCCUCCUGCUCAUCCUCAUCGCCCAGGUCACCGCUGGAGUCCUCAUUUACUUCCAGAGAGAGCCGUUGAAAUAUGAGAUGGCCAACAUCAUAAAGGGCAUGAUAGUCAACUACACCGGCCAGAACAGAACCACAGAGCACACAUGGGACUUCAUUCAGAGGACGAUGAAGUGCUGUGGAUGGACUGGUCCAGGAAACUGGUCUGAGAACCAUUUGAUCAUGAACAGCUCCAGGAACCUUUACCCAUGUUCCUGUCGUAACGAGGACCUGCCUGGCACGGACAUACAGGAAGUCGGCCUGUGCGAGCACACGUCCUCACAGCUACCUGUCUACGAAAGGGGCUGUAUCAGCAGCGUGGAGAAAUGGCUCCUGGACAACUGUGGCGUUAUUCUGGGAAUGUGUGUCGGCGUGGCAGUCGUGGAGCUCCUCGGGAUGAUUCUCUCCAUGUGUCUGUGCAAGAGCGUCGUCCAGGAAGAUUACACCAAAGUACCGAAGUACUGAGCUGAGGACAGAGCCAGCUUCACACCACAGAUGGAUUGACUCUUUCUCUCUCCCUCGCUCUCCUCGGCUCACAUUUUUUUACACACACACACACACACACACACACACACACACACAAUAUUGGACAGCUGUCUUGCCCCAUUUCAGCUUCUCCGGCCUCGACAGCUGUGCAAAUUUCUCACGCUCCACAAACACAAACGCACUCACCUCUCAAUCAAACUUGGGUCCAACAAGUUCACAAGUUACCAUUUUUGUCUUAUCACUUGUGUUUUCCUAUGAGACAUUUGUGAUUUUUUUGGACAGUUAGACAUUAUGUUCAUUCAGGUGUUGUUGUGUUUUUCCUCGACCGACCUCAGAAAAAGCGCUUAUCGUAGUAGUAGUAGUAGUAGUAGUAGUAGAGAGAGCGCUUCAGUGACGUUUGGUGAAGCUGAGAGCUGAAGUACCCUGUGACUCCGGGGGCAGGGUGGGAGACGAGAGCGAGGCUGGAGGGAGGAUGCAUGUAGGAGACGCUCUGAAGGAUUAAUGCCACUCUGUGGUCCUGCAGCUGGUAUUUUUGGUUGCAGAGGGUGGAGGAGAGGCGCAGGGCAGGGCUGCUGUGGUGGAGGGUUUGGCUUCUGUCAUCAGGAGCUUGUACUCAGUAGCCUUAAUAUUAACCUUCAUUUUCACCCUCCUCCUCCUCCUCCUCCUCCACCCUCCCAGAAUCAAUCAUCUGUUGGCGUCUCUAAAUCACAGCUCCUGUCCUCCUCUCGGGCGGGUCUGACUGGUAGCCAGUAGCUCUCCAAAAUGACUAGUUUUGCAUGAAGUAAGUGUGUGUAUGAUGUGUUGAGUGAGUAUUUUAUGUCUUUUUUUAUAUUCUCAUGUUAGCUCUGUUUUUUUUUUACAACUGUAUAUAUAUCUAUGACCUCGGUAAGGGAUUAUAAGCACCUUGGUGCUUUGUCAGCGUUUUAAAUGGGAAAGUUGUCACCCACAUUCCCUUGUUUUAAGAGUACUAUUGUUCUUUGUUUCCUCUCCGUUGCUGAUCAUGUACAGAAAGUGGCUGCCACGGCAGCUCGUCUGCAAUUAUUUGGUCUGAAUUUGAGAAAUUGGAAACUUUAAGAGCGAAUCUGUCAUCGCUCUUAAAACUGUAUUUUCAUUUCUUUAGCACAGCAUUAGUUUGUGAAUAGUCUAUCGUAGCACUCACCCUGAAGAUCUUUACUUUAUUUUAUUCUCAGUAACAAAAGCAGAGAAAACAGUGAGAAACCAUAUAAUCAUAUUUUCAGAAUUUGCUUUGACCAGAAAAUGACUGUUCAUCAACUCAUACUGCUUCACAAAAAAAAACAUACAAAAUAACAUCCUACUUAUAUUUCCUCAUCAGUUUAUCCACUUCAUUUACAACACUGAAUUUGUCCUCAGUGUAGUGGAUACAGUGUUUCUAUGUAGUCAUAGUUUUUCAUGCCAUCUCGCACUAGUCACUUCCAAUCGUUUUCAUGACAAGAGAGAGGAAAAAGAACGGUGCUCUUUCACAGUUCCAACCAGCCUCUGUUUUAUGACCUGCCCAAAUGAAACGUUAAUUUAACUUAAUGAGAGAUGAAGGUUUUUUAUUGUGUGUUUAAAGAUGUUUCUACACUUUUUACAAAAAAAAAAGAAAUGAUUUUGUUUAGUUGUGUGACGGUCCCUUGCUCCGUCUGUAUGUGUUCUGUUUCUCAGCAGCUCCUUCUCAUGUUCUGUUCCCAUGGUGCAGCAGUUUAUCCGGAGGCUCAGUGCUCCUGUCCUAUCAGAAAUGUCCUUUUCUGGCCAGGACCCCGCCUCCCAUUUGUAAAUUUGUGUUCAUUCAUCCAACAUCAUCAUCUCUUAAUCUACAAAUGGAACUCGUGCACACACACAGCCACACCAAUGACCUUAUUGAUGACCACAUCCUACAGAAUCUUAAGUUCCUUUUUGUUUUAAUAAUAAUAAAUAAAAGUUUAAUAAUAAACAAAUUAUGAUUU